AUGUCACCGUCACUACCAUACGCCGCAGAUGCGGAAAGUCCGCUCAAGCCCGCCGAGCUCCAAGUCCUGCGCGCGCAAUACGAGAAAGAAGGUGACUUCGUAGGCGUCCAAACAAAGUUCAACUACGCAUGGGGCCUCAUCAAAUCGGACCAGCGCCCUGAGCAACAAGAAGGCGUGCGCCUCCUCUCCGACAUCUUCCGCCAGUCCCCCGAACGCCGCCGCGAGUGCCUCUACUAUCUCGCGCUGGGGAAUUAUAAACUGGGGAACUACGCCGAGGCGAGGCGGUAUAAUGAGUUGCUGCUGGAACACGAGCCGGCGAAUUUGCAGGCGGAGAGUUUGAAGGGGUUGAUUGAUGAUAAGGUCCAGCGGGAGGGGCUGGUGGGUGUGGCGAUUGUGGGGGGCCUUGCUGUUGCGGCGGGGGUUGUGGGGGGGCUUUUGAUGAGGGGGGCGAGGCAGACGAGGCGGUGA